AUGGCGUGGUGCAUGACCUGCGAUCUGGAAAUCCCGUUCGAUGCUGACGGCAAGGUUUCGAACGGCGUUGUCAAAAUCAAGACCCACGUGGAGGAGAAGGAGUCGAACAUGUCUAAGGUUGAUGAGUCGGAGUCGAUGUCCGAGCCAAGGAAGUCUGACGAGUGGCUGGACAAGCACGGCCUCAUGACCAAGUACGCGGAGAAGACAAAACAUCACGCGCACCGCAGCGUCACGCUGCACCAAAAUGCCAAGAUCAAGACGAGGAGGAGCACCAGGCACAAGCACAAGACGACCUUCGAGGCGAACCUCUCCACUGAGCAGAAGCUGAAGAAGCAGCCGAAGAUGAUCUCUGAGGCGACCAAGAAGAGGCUCGAAAAGAACAUCUAA